AUCAAAUACCAAUCGUGCAUCCAUCGUGACAAUUUAAGGGAUUGUACUUUUACUUUCUCCCAGAUUGUGCAUAAUGGCAGUAUCGUUUGGAAUUUGCUUUCAUUUGGGUCGAAUUUUUGUUAGUGAGGAACCAAUUAGAUAUGCAGGUGAGGUACAAUGUUUGACAAAGAAAUGGGAGGAGGACCCAGAUUUGUUUUGUGAGUUUGAUAUAUUAAAUUUUCUUCAAGAAAAUGGUUUUAGGGAACCCGUUAUGAUGGCUUAUAAAGCAGUCCAUCAAACACUGCCUAUUGCCGGUAACUUGCUAAAAGGCUCUAAUGAGUUUGUGAAGAUGAUAAAGAUAGCGUGUGAGCAAGGCAUAGUGGAUAUAUAUGUGCAAGAAAAAAAAAUCUGAAGUACAAAAAGAAGCAGGUCAACCUCUUGGUGGCGUGACUUCUGAAAUUGCAACAAUUAAUAUCUUAAAUGCAUCAAUAGAUGAAGAAUGGCUGGAGAAAGUACUUGAAGCGACCAUUGUUCAUAAAAACAAUUACCCCCAACAAAUCGAAAGUGAAGACCAUUUAGGGUAUAAUCAGGAUACACAUGUGGAGGCAUUGGCAGAUGCAAAU